CGCCACUAAACACGGGAUCCAAUUUUUACAAGAGUGAGAUUGCACCUCCUGGGUGCCAUCUUGUAUUCGUACGUACACGUUUGUACUAGCUGUCGUAUUCCGGCUGUAGCUCCGGCGGUGUCAUUCUCAUCUUUUAAAAAGCUAGAAGAUGUCUCGCUACCGCGAAUGGGACUUGUCCUGCAAAGUAUAUGUAGGCAACCUGGGCAGCAGUGCCAGCAAACAUGAGAUCGAAAGUGCAUUCAGUAAAUUUGGUCCACUGAGGAAUGUUUGGGUUGCCAGAAAUCCACCUGGCUUCGCCUUCGUAGAGUUUGAAGAUCCACGAGACGCUGAGGACGCAGUGAGAGGAUUAGAUGGAACACGCUGUUGUGGUACCAGAGUAAGAGUUGAGAUGUCCUCAGGCAGAAGCCGGCGUGGUGGUGGUGGCCGUAGACCAGGUCCACGAUACUCUAGGUCCGGAUCGCACAGUCCUCGUAGGAAAUCCCUGGGUCAUAAUCCAAGAUCCUGGUCGAGAAGCCCGAGGCGAUCAUCGUUUAAUCGGUACUCGAGGUCAAGAUCACGCAGUCCUCGCAGGAGAUCGCUGACCCGGAGCCGCAGCCGAGAUCGUCGCUCACGUUCGGACUCUCGUGACAGACGUUAGGUGCUAAAAGUGUUCGAGAGACAAUGGAUCGACUUAACAAUCGUCCGGAGAGAAGACAAAGAAAAAAAAAGAUAUAAAGCGAAAGACAAUUUUGUAUGUACAUAAUCGUUUAGCCACAUGCAAUCACGUUACACGCACUUGCACUCGUACAUCAUGCACGUUUGGCGAAUAUGCAUUGACGUAAUCGAAUGCUAAAAAGGAAAAAAAGAAAUAGAGAAGCAACAGUUAUUUCGAUUGCAGAUCUUGCGUAACUUUGAUGUUAGGCUGUAUUUGUGUUUCGUAAGUUUUACACUGUAACAUGUAACAUUACGCAUAUUAUACACGCAUAUACGAUAUAUGCAAGAUACGAUCUAACAUUUUUUUUUAAGACUUUGAAGCAUUCACGUUGCGAUCAAUUUGCGAUACUUUCUUUUUAAUGAUUUUGAAGAGUAAGAAUAAGAGUAAGUGAACUCGGGAAAAGUGUAUCAUCAUCGAGUCACUUCAGUGAACAUUUCUACUCUAAUAUUGAAGAAUACAUCUGAUGUACUUUACCAUUGAAGGAAAGGAACGUUCUCUUCGAUCGAUUGAAAUAUUCAUAUAGAAUUGUAUGAAAGCACCACACAAUUUACACAAAUUCGGAAUCCACUCUAAGAUUGAGUGACACUCACUCAAGAGUGAUACACUCUUGCGAUCUCAAGCAGCAUUUUCUCUAUCAUUCUUAGUGAAAAUAUUGCCAUUUUUCGCUAACUUCGAGUGAGAUUUCGCCUCAUGGAGUUUAGAGAGUUUCACGCAUAAUGGUAUUAUGCAUGCUACUAUUAAAUGUUUUGAAAGAUAUAGUGGCUACAUCCAUAAUUGAAUGGAUUAAUGUUGUCCGGUGGUGUCUCUCGUAAAAAGAGACUUCACUGUGUCUUUUGAGAUUUAUCGCGUCUUGGCAUAUUUUUAGCAAAGACAAAGCUAUUAGUGUUAUUAGUUGCGUAAAGGAAAAAAACUUUUUUGUUUUAGAUAUUUACAACAUUUACAACAUUUGAUUGAUUGAAUUAUAUAAGUGUACCGGACAACAUUAACGCACGAUUUUAUACGAACGUUCGCAGUUGAUUUUGUUCUUACACGUCUUUACAUGCAUAGAUAAUUGCGCGCGUCAAAUCUAUAAAUUAAUUAAUUACGACAGAGAACACACAUAUGUCUUAUGUAAAACAGUAACAUGAAAUCGUUCACUUUCUCGAGGGAACAUUUACUUGCUAAAGUGACAAUUAUCAGGUGUGUAGUAAAGAGCUGAGUUCAAUCAAAACUUUUUCUUUGAAUGUGUAAUAUUAUUGAUGACUAUUUUGUAUUAAACUAAGACACGACAAAUAAAUUGUAAACGAUAACUCAA